CAUGGAUUUACAAACUAAAAAACCUACUAUUUUGGAAUUUCGCUGGUUACUUCUUAUCUGCGUCUGCAUAAAUGUUUCAGCAAUAUCAGCAAAACGAUGCAGCAAGCACUGAAUGACAUUUGUGGAGCACAUCUACAUCACAGCUGACAGCACUGAUGAGGCAAGCAGAGAGGACAAUCCAUCCCAAAUAAAGCGACCCUGGGUUUGAAUAUACAGGGUCUUCUCCAUCUUGAACUUCUCCGAAGGUUUACCUGCCUGCCCUCAACAAGAGCCAAGCCUUGCUGCAUGAGGAAGUGCACCACAGCACCCAUCCCGAGGCCAAUGACAGGUCUCUGAAGGUCACGUGGGGUCUAUGAAGGUCACGGCUCCCUACGUCUCCUUUAGCUGCCCUGAAGGUGCCAAUGUCACUCUGAAAUGCUCCCUCCAUGGCCACCUGGCUGACAUGCAUGACAAAAUGGGGAGGAACUGGCUCUUCAGCGCAGGGAGGAGCCUUGAGUGCAAGGAGAAGGUUCACCCGCGCCACCUGAAGGACAAUGGCACCCACCCGGGGGUGUUCCUGUCCUCCGACCACAAGGGCACCUUCUGGAUGAUUCUCGCCAACCUCACUGUGGCGGACCAGGGCGGCUACUGCUGCUACGUGUACGAUAUCAACACGGAGCACAACAAACUCCACCUGCUGAGCAGCGAGCACGCCUACAUAGAGCUCAACAUCACCAAGAACGGCAGCAGCUCCAAUCAGAAGUGUGUCUCCCACACUGCCCCUCAUACUCCCGAGGACAGCAAGGACGGCUCAACAGCGCUGGGCUUAGCGACAGCAGGGAGCAUCUUAGGAGUCUUGUCCCUGCCUGUCAUCCUCCUGCUGGUGUACAAGCAGAGGCAGAGCACUGUAUCUAACAGACGAGCCCAUGAGCUUGUGAGGAUGGACAGUGAGGCCGUGGGUCAAGAGAACCCCGUUUUCGACGAGUUGCCGCCCCGCAGUGUGAAGACCCGCAGCGCCACUCAGAUAUUGACGAGGCAGUCAUCAGAGACAGGGCGCCACCUACUGUCUGAGCCCGGCACCCCACUCUCCCCGCCGGCACUCGGGGACUGCUUCUUCCCUUCGCAAGAACCCAUUCCGGAAUCACCUGAUUUAAUAAACGUAUAGAAUAAUAAUAAAAUAAA